CGUAAACCUAGAAGAACAGAAGAGAAGAGGCUGAAGAGCAAAGACACAAGCUUCUUCCUCGAGACCCACGAGAUGAGACCUCUGGACGAGAAGGAGACCACGGCAGUGUUCGAGAAGCUCUUCAAGUUCACCGGCAACAACCUCAAGAACAUCGUCGAGCAACCCUCUCACGAGGGAUCCGAAUCCACCCCCGGCCGCUACUGCUUCCGCCUCCACAAGAACAAGGUCUACUACGUCGCCGACUCUCUCGUCAAGCGCGCCACCAAUAUCGCUCGCCCGCAACUUGUCUCGCUCGGGACUUGCAUCGGCAAGAUCACUCACGGAGGCAGCUUCCACCUCACGAUACAGUCUCUGACUGUUCUUGCUCCCAAUGCCAAGCACAAGGUCUGGCUCAAACCCACCUCCGAGAUGUCGUUUCUGUACGGUAACCACGUUUUGAAAGGUGGGUUGGGAAGGAUUACAGAGAAUAUUGCGCCUGGUGAUGGGGUCGUGGUGUUUUCGAUGUCCGAUGUGCCCCUGGGUUUUGGCGUUGCGGCCAAGAGUACGCAGGACUGUAGGAAGUUGGACCCCAAUGGGAUUGUGGUGCUGCACCAGGCCGAUAUUGGGGGGUAUUUGAGGAUGGAGGAUGAGCUUUGAGGGGUUUUGGGGAGGUUUUGGCAAAGGGGUCGGUAUUGUUUUUGGGAUACAAGAAGGUUUAUGUAAGUGGGUCUUAUCUGAUUUUGGCUAAUAUGAGGUUGUAUUAUUUGAUGAUUAUGUUGGAUGCUUUUGAAAUUACGUAUCAAAAAUAGUUUUUGUUGCA